AUGAUUCCUAAGACCUAUCAAAAUAUGGGCUAUCAAAUUGAUAUAAUCGGAAUUAAUUACAUAAAACAUAAUGAAGAUAAAAUAGAGAUUUUUAAUUUGAAAGUUAAAAGUUCGAGGGACUAGUCAAAUGAAGGGGUAUCUAGUAGAAACUGGGAUAUAUCUAGAUUGCUCAAUUAAUUUAUUUUGCUAUCCAACGAUCUUAAGUCUCUUAAUUUUCAGCUAUCAGGCUUAAUUGGGCCAUAAGUGAAAUUUCUUAAUAGAACAGAAAAAAUUUAAAUAUUGCAAAACUUUUUGAAUGAAUGCUUGUAAAAUCCUCUUAUCGUUGAAUCAGAGGUUUUUAAAUAGUUUAUUGGUGUAGUUUAAGAGAAAAAUAUCAUUCAAAAACUUAAAUCUCCUAAGAAUAAAAAUGAAUCAAUUACUAGAGGACUUCAUUCAAGAACUAAAUCAGCAGCCUUAUUUUUGAAUUAGCCUUCAACAAUUUCUUAGAAUAUAUCUAAAUUGGAAAAAUCCUCAAUAGUUAAAAAAAGCAUUGAUAAAAAGAUAUUCACCAAAGUUCCAACUCCCUCUAUACAGGAAGCUUUUGGAGUACCUUAUUAACAUCUUUUUAGUGCAUCAGCAAGCACAAAAAAUCUAAUACUUAUGACAAAAUCAAAUACCAUUACGAAUUCAACUCUAUAUUCUAAAUCUGGAAUUAACACUACUUCAAAUGGAGUUUCAACUAAUCGUAAAAAAUCAGGGACUAGCGAGCAUAAAAUUAAAAAUUAAAAGUAAUCUUUCGCAUAGAAAAAAUCCUUUAAUAAAAGAACAUAGUCUUCAAAUAAAAAGUAAAAUACUCUUUAAAGGGAAACAAUUCAAUAAAUGACUACAACUUGUCAACAAACACUGAUAGAUCCAAUUUUUACUACUAUUGAAACGCCAAGGGAAUUCAAUUUAAAUUAGAAUAAAGUGAUGAUAAAAGAUAAUUAAGUUGAUAUUACGCUAAAUAGACCAAGCUUUCUAGAAAUUUAAUCAGUAUCAAGGUAAAAUCCUCACGAUUCAAAACAAAACAGUGCUGCGUAAGGAGCAAGGACUAAGUCACAGACAAAUGAUUUGAAUGAUAUGUUAAUUGAGGAAUAAAAAAUAUUGGAACAGAAGAGAAAGAGAUCUUAAGAGCCAAAACUAGAUGAAUCAGGUGAACUAGAAUUGCUGACAUUCAAUGAAUACAUGGCAAAUGCAAAGAUUGCAAGGAAACUAAAAAAAUCAAAUGAAAACACUAGAAAGUAAUCACCGAUUGAUUAUAAAUAGCCAUUUUUGCAAGGAUUCACUUAAAAAUAGCUAUAAAAUCAAAUGAAUUCUUAAGCUAAUAAUUAGAUUAAUGCUAUUCCAGAAAACAAAAGUGAUACACAUAAUAAAAUGAGCAAUUUGGUUUCAAAUCUUAUAUAGAAAACAAUAGGUGCAAAAAGACAGUAAAACAGACAGCAUACAGAUUCCCCUUAAUCUCAGCAUAGCCAUUAAGAUGGUGAUGAGGAAACAGAGGAGUUCAAUAAAAGAUUUAAUCCCACUGUGCUGAUGAAAAAUCAAUCAAUGAAGGAGCAUUUUAAAAAGUAAAGAAGACAAAAUAUUUAUGAAAACUUAGUAAACGAUUAACAAAACAAAAAUAAUGAGUCUGAUGAGCAGGAUUGCAAAAGAACAAAUAAUAUAAGAAAAUCAGGGAGUGCUGAGAAUAGAUAUAAUGCUCAGUUGACAAAAAUAGCGAGUACAAACAUUACUAGGCUUACUGGGAAAGGUAGUGGUCUUAACACUCAUAGAUAAAAGGCACCAGGCCAGGGUUAGGGUCUUAAUGUUUACAAUAUUUAAAAAGAUAGGAAGAUAAUUACUUAUAUGACUCCUUCUAAUGAUACACUGCAUAAAAAUUUUUUCAAAAAUUAGUUAAAACAAGCAGCUCAAAAUUGA